AAGAAGAAGGAGAAGAUGAGAAAAAGAAAGACCAAGGAGGAAACAAAUUUUCAAGGUUGAUUAUGGAAAUGUGAAAACAAACAAACAAAACCAAAACAAAAAAUAUUCAACAUAUUCGAGACUUUUUUUUCAGUGAAUAUUUUUCAAGCAGGAUGCAGCUCAUGAGCAGGAUGCUUCUGCCCUAUUGUCUCAGCCUGGUCUACUUCCUGUCUGUGACCUUUGGCCUGACAGUGGUGCUGGGGGACACGGUCACCAUUCCCUGUCAUCGUAGCUGUUCAACAGUAAAAUGGUUUAGAAAAGAUAUCCUGGUUUAUAGAUUCACUGAAGGACACUUCAGCGUUGCACCAGAGUUUAAGGACAGGAUCGAGUUCUCAGAAGCAAACCUGAAACAAGGGAAUGUCUCCCUGACGAUAACCAGUACUGUGUACAAUGACAGAAGUUGGUACAUAUGUUCCUGUGAUGGCGACGAGGACUGUGGCCACUACCUGGAAGUUCUUAUUCCAACUCCAUUAACUGCCAUAGUUGGAGAAAAAGCGAAGCUGCCUUGCUACGCCGAAACAGACAAACGCACAGCUGACUCUGAAGCCAACGUCCGAUGGGAAAAAGAUGACAAGCUUGUGGUGAAGCUAGAACAUGGAGAGAUGGAGUUUGGUGCAAGCUUUAAGGAUCGAGCUUCUGUCUCCAAAGAGAAUUACAACAAAGGAGACCUCUCUCUCACCAUCAGGAACAUCAGGCUCACCGAUGCUGGCUUCUACAGAUGUUUUGUUCAGAAUGAAAAAUCCAAACAUCCUGAAAUCAUCACCUUCAUUGUUAAAGAUUCCCCACCAUGCUGUAGUCGAACACAUUAUAUCCCAGUGGUGUGUGCUGUCUCCGGUGCUACAGUCUUUGCAGCAGUUCUUCUGUCAGUGAAUCGGCAAAAACUGUGUACAGCUCGCCUUUGUCCAAAGUUUCAGCAUCAUACAGUCUGAGUGGCCGGUGAGCGAUGAAACAACUGCUGCUUCUUCUUCUUGCUCUCCUUUCUAAACUUGAGCAAAGUUUGAUUUUCUACUGUUCAUAGCUGUCUGUCAUAUGAUAUUUAUUCUCUGUCAUAAAUAUGAAGUGUCUCUGAGACGAGAAACGUUAUAAAUGGCUGUACAUAUACAGCCAGACUAACAGAACAUUUAGUGUUAUAAGCUUAACUAAUUACAGCAUUCAUGGCUGAUCAGAAGGUUGGGAGUUCAAGCCCCAUCCUCACCAAGCUGCUACAGUCGGGACCUUGAGCAAGGCCCUUAACACUUCAUGCUCCAGCAGUGCUGCCCCUGCGCUCUGGUUUCUUCUUCAAAUAUGUAAGUUAUUUUUAAAAAAAAGAAAAGAAAAAAGAAACACACUCUUGUGUGUUAGAUUCACUAGAACAGAAACUUUAAGGCUAAGUAUAAUUUACUUCCAAAAUCAGUAACGGAAAAUUUGCUUUUUAAAAACACUGUAGGAAAAUGUAUUCUUAAAACACACUAUGGUCCAAAGUAUGUGGAGAUAUAGCCAUCUGUAAACCAUGUCAGUGAGGUACACAAUAACUAUGCAUGACCGUUCAUAAGACAUUUCCGGUGGUGUCAUUUCUUUUAAAAUAAAUCUGUCAAUAAUAAUAAUAAUAAUUAUUAUUAUUAUUAUUACUCACUUGAACUUCUUGGGUCUCACAAAAUGUGAACAUAUAAGAUAUACAGUGGCCCCCCGUAUCCUCUGAGUCAGUAUCUGUCGUUUCAGUUAUCCACAGGUUAGCCACGUUCACAUCACAUAUGAAGAGUUUGGUUCCAAAACACGAUAAAUCCGCUGUGAUAAACCUGAGAUGAGGUUGUAAUAACAUGAUUAGGCUGUAAUAAUAUCCAUCCAUCCAUCAUCUGUAGCCGUUUAUCCUGUGCAGGGUCGCAGGCAAGUGGGAGCCUAUCCCAGCUGACCAAGUCACCAGGUUGUCGCAGGGCUGACACAUAGAGACAAACAACAAUUCACACUCAUGGUCAAUUUAGAGCCACCAAUUAGCCUAACCUGCAUGUCUUUGGACUGUGGGGGAAACCGGAGGAAACCCACGCAAACUCCACGCAGAAAGGCUCUCAUCGGCCGCUGGGCUCAAACCCAGGACCUUCUUGCUGUGAGGUGACAGUGCUAACCACUACACCACCAUGCCACCGUUGUAAUAACAUUAAAAUGUAAAUCUAGGUUUUGUUUUUUAAUAUUUUAUUUUAUUCCCCAAAUUUGUGAUAAAUCCGUUCCAGAAUGCUGAUACGGAGGUCCUCCUGUAUAUGCAUCAGUAAAAUCAGCAAUAAAUGAUCACCAGAUCUUUUGAACAAGAACGCUAAACUCCACAGACUUAAAACUUGUUUUAGUCUUUCUGGUCUGACUGUGGAAUCUUAUUGUAGUUUGGAUGUUUUCUCAUUUCCUUUUGCUUUGUCUGCUGGAAAAUUGGUACGAACCUUGAUGUCACAUGUUGCACUACUGAAUAUUGAUGUGAAACCACAUCAGAUCUGAUCUAUAUGAUCAAUAAUGCAGAGUCUUAAUCACUGAUCCAUGACAUGCCACUACUAACAAGUUAAUUUUACUUUUUUAAACACCAGGGUGCCUUGGAUUUCACUUUUAUUAUGUUAUAUAAUAUGACCUAAUAAUGAAAUUUAAAUCACAAACGUGACCAGAUAGUUUACAUUAAAAAUAACAGGACUUUGAAAGCCUUAGCAUUAAUACCCUGAAGUUGAUUAUUUUCCUAUAACAGCAUGAUGAGGCUUAUUUCUCUAAUACCACAGCAAUUUCCAAAUACAGUGGGGCAAAAAAGUAUUUUGUCAGUCACCAAUUGUGCAAAUUCUGCCACUUAA